AAAUAUUUUAGAGUAACCAGUCCAAGCACUUUAAAAAACUGGUUUACUAUCAUGAUCUCGUUUCUAUUGUGUUACUCUUCAUAUGGAUUUUUUUUAAUUACCAGUCUAAUUCACAUGGCGUUGAAAAUGGCCGAUCAAGAUCAAGUAUUACAUACACCUAUGGAAUGGGCCCAACGAAAAGAUAGAGUGUUACUGACCAUUGUAUUAGAAGACUGUAAAGAACCAAACAUAGAUAUAACGGACACAGGUUUACACUUCAAGGGCAAAGGAGGAACAGAAAAUAAACUACAUGAAGCAAAAAUAGACUUUUUCAAAGAAAUAGAUAGCAAAGAAUCAAAGUAUGCAGUUUUACCUAGACAUAUAUCAUUGAUUUUAAAAAAGAAAGACACCACAGAAGAACAUUUUUGGCCGAGAUUAUUAAAAGAAAAAACAAAAGUACAUUGGUUAAAGACAGAUUUUAAUAAAUGGAAAGAUGAAGAUGACUCUGAUUAUGAAGGAGCAGGAGGUGGAGAAGGAGGGGCCGGUGAUAUGGAUUUAGAGUCUAUGAUGCAGGGCAUGGGUGGCAUGGGCGGUAUGGGAGGCAUGGGCGGCAUGGGAGGUAUGGAUGCAGGCGGUGAUAUGGAGAAUGAUAAGGAAUCCAGUGAUAGUGAUGAUGAAGAUUUACCUGAUUUAGAAUAAUUGAAAAUCCAGUUUUGAUAGCUUCUAGUGACUGCAUUGGGGAACAAUAUAAAAACUAUGCCUAGAAUUCCACCAAAAUUUUGGAUUAAUUAUCACAAAUAACAAAAUAAUCACAUAUUGAGAUUGACAUAUACAGAAAACAGUUUUAUGUUGCCUAAGCCUGGACUUCUAAUGUCCUCAUUACUGUAAAACCACUCACAUUUGUUUUUAUAUUAAAUGUUCAUUGGAUCAUGUCAAGGAAAUCGAGUGUUUGUUAGUAUUUGUUUUAAAUGUUUAUUUUUGGAUCAUGUUGUUUUGUUAAAAAUUGUAAGAAUGUUUAUUCACCACAAUUAUUCAUCCAAUAGAAACAUUUAUACAGCCUCAUACAUGAUAAUCAUUCAUCUAACAAUACAAAUGUUCUUCUGAUCUUGACUCAACAUCGCCAUUUUCUUAUACAACAAUUCUGUAUGUUUAUCAGUGGAUUUCAGAGGGGUUAUGAAUGAUGGCUUAAUACUGGCUUAAUACUGGAAAUGAGUAAAUAUCAGUUUAAGCUUUAUAAUCCCUUCAAAGGUUCACUAGUAAUAACUAGCAACAUACAAGUAAAAAGUCCUGUGAACAACUAAUUUGUAUUAAUUAAAUGUAUAUUUCUUGAAAUGAAUAAAUAUUCAAAAUGUG